GCCGGGCCCGGGGGGGGCCAUGGCCUCCUUGGACCUCCCCUACCGCUGUCCCCGCUGCGGGGAGAACAAACGCUUCCGGAGCCUGUCCUCCCUGCGGGCCCACCUGGAGUACAACCACACGUACGAGACGCUCUACAUCCUGUCCAAGACCAACAGCGUCUGCAACGCCGCCGUGUUCCCCCUGGGCCCGGACCCCACGGCCCUGCUGGCCCCCGCCGCCCGGCGGGACGUCUUCGAGAGCACGUCCUUCCGAGGGAAGGAGCAGCCGCCCCCGCGCUUCCCCGGGGACCUGGUGCCCGCCUGCGAGGAGCUGGGGGACCCCGGGGUGCCCGCCCGCUACGCCCUGCGGGAGAUCGAGAUCCCCCUGGGCGAGCUCUUCGCCCGCAAGGCCGUGGGCUCCGCCCCGCCCGCCCCGUCCUCCUCCCCGCCGCCCUCGGCCGCCGCCUCGGUGGACGCGGCCUACGAGGAGGGCCUGGCCCGGCUGAAGAUCCGGGCCCUGGAGAAGCUGGAGGUGGACCGGCGGCUGGAGAAGCUGACCGAGGAGGUGGAGCAGAAGAUCGCCGCCCAGGUGGGCCGGCUGCAGGCGGAGCUGGAGCGGAAGAGCGCCGAGCUGGAGAAGGCCAAGCAGGAGAGCCUGCGGCUCAGCCGGGAGAAGGAGGAGCUGGAGGACCGGGCCACCGAGCUGUCCCACCAGGUGGACGUCAGCGUGGAGAUGCUGGCCUCCCUCAAGCAGGACCUGGUGCAGAAGGAGCAGGAGCUGAGCAGGAAGCAGCAGGAAGUGGUGCAGAUCGACCGGUUCCUCAAGGAGACGGCGGCGCGGGAGGCCCAGGCCAAGGUGAGGCUGCAGCAGUUCAUCGAGGAACUCCUGGACCGGGCUGACCGGGCCGAGAAGCAGCUACAGAUCAUCAGCAGCAGCUGCGAGACUACGCCCAACGGUAGCCUGGGCAAGACCAGCCUCCCCGGAGCCAAGGCCCCCGGCCGGACGCGAGAUCGGCACGCGGGCCCAGCCGUCGCUCACAACACCUACGCCGUGUCCGUCCACCGAUCCUCCUCCAGCACGGGGGCAUCCAGUCGGCUCAAGACGGCCUCUCAGAGCUCCGGCGGCUACGACAGCGACGGCGCGGAGCCGUUCCCCUCGGAGGAGGCCGGCGGGACCCCCUACCCCGGGGGGCCGGGCCGGGCGGAGGGGGGCUUCGAGCGGCCCCCGGCCCCCCACAGUUCGGGCCUGAGGCGCCAGGCCAUCCAGAACUGGCACCGGCGGCCUUACCGCCACAGCACCGAGGGCGAGGAGGGGGACGUGUCCGACGUGGGAUCCCGCACCACCGAGUCGGAGGCCGAGGGCUGGGAGCAGGACGUCCCGGCCGAGGCCCGGGCCCCCGGCCCGGUCCGGGACUUCGGCGGCUGCCGGCUGUCGGCCCGCUCGGACGGGGGCGGCUCCAGGGGCCCGCGGCCGGAGUGGGGCGGCCCGGCGCCGUCCAACGAGGUCAUCAGCCCCGAGAUCCUCAAGAUGCGGGCGGCCUUGUUCUGCAUCUUCACCUACCUCGACACGCGGACGCUGCUGCGGGCCGCCCAGGUGUGCAAGGACUGGAAGUUCGUCGCCCGGCACCCGGCCGUCUGGACCCGCGUCCUGCUGGAGAACGCCCGCGUCUCCUCCAAGUUCCUGUCGAUGCUCGCGCAAUGGUGCACACAGACCCACUCGCUGACCCUCCAGAACCUAAAGCCGCGGCAACGGGGCAGGAAGGAGAGCAAGGAGGACUACCUGAAGAGCACCAGGGGCUGCUUGGAAGCCGGGCUGGAAUCCCUGCUGAAGGCCACCGGGCGGAACCUGCUGAUCCUACACAUCUCCCACUGCCCCAACGUCCUCACCGACCGCUCCCUCUGGCUGGCCAGCUGCUACUGCCGCGCCCUCCAGGCCGUCACCUACCGGAGCGCCACCGACCCGGUCGGCCACGAAGUCAUCUGGGCCCUGGGCGCCGGCUGCAGGGACAUCAUCUCCCUCCAGGUCGCCCCCCUGCACCCGUGCCAGCAGCCCACCCGCUUCAGCAACCGCUGCCUGCAGAUGAUCGGUCGCUGCUGGCCACUGCUGAGGGCCCUGGGGGUCGGCGGCGCCGGCUGCGGGGUCCAGGGCCUGGCGUCCCUCGCCCGCAACUGCAUGCGGCUGCAGGUCCUGGAGCUGGACCACGUGGGCGAGAUGAACCAGGAGGUAGCGGCCGAGGUCUGCCGCGAGGGCCUCCGCGGGCUGGAGAUGCUGGUGCUCACCGCCACCCCCGUCACCCCCAAGGCCCUGCUGCACUUCAACAGCGUCUGCCGGAACCUGCGCUCCAUCGUGGUCCAGGUGGGGAUCGGGGAUUACUUCAAAGACCCGGGCGGCGCCGAAGCCAGGAAACUGUUCGAGGAGAUGGUGACCAAGCUUCAGGCGCUGAGGCGGAGGCCCGGCUUCUCCAAGAUCUUACACGUCAAGGUCGAAGGGGGCCGUUAAACUUCCUUUUCGCGGGGGGGGCCCGCCGGACCCUCCGGCCCACCCCCGAUCGCCCCCAACGGCGGGGGUUCGGCUUGGACCCCGGGGGG